UCAACUUCCUCAUGGAAAUGUCUGCUACAAAGUCACUUUCAGCUCUUCUUCUCCAAUUCACCUUUGUUUUAUUAUUGGCAUUUAGCCCUGUGAAUGCUCAACUCAAAGUAGGAUUUUACUCCAAGACAUGCCCAAAAGCUGAGGCCAUUGCUAAGGAGGUUAUCGAUGGAGUCCUCUCAGUGGCUCCUUCCCUCGCAGGCCCCUUGUUGAGGAUGCAUUUUCAUGAUUGUUUUGUUAGGGGUUGUGAUGGGUCAGUGCUAUUGAACUCUACUACUCAGCAAGCUGAAAAAGAUGGACCUCCAAAUCUAACCCUUCGAGGAUACCAAGUGAUCGACAGAGUCAAGUCUGCAUUAGAAAAGGCUUGUCCUGGUGUAGUUUCAUGCGCAGACAUCGUGGCUAUUGUGGCUAGAGACGUCACCGUCGCGACAAAGGGAUUACGCUGGGAAGUUGAAACUGGAAGAAGAGAUGGGAGGGUUUCUAUCGCAGCUGAAACCCUUACAAAUCUGGUAGCUCCUAAUGCAAACAUUACAACGAUAAUUACAAGAUUUCAAGCUAAGGGUCUGAGCGUAAAAGACGCGGUGAUACUAUUAGGUUCUCACACCAUCGGUACUUCUCACUGCUCAUCAUUCAACUCCAGGCUAUAUAACUUCACAGGAAAGGGAACCGAUAAUGACUUUGAUCCCACACUGGAUUCUGAAUAUGUAAAAGAGUUGAAGAUAAAGUGCAAGCCAGGAGAUCAGAAUUCAUUGGUGGAAAUGGAUCCAGGGAGCUUCAGGACAUUUGAUUCAAGUUAUUAUACACUUGUGAGUAAAAGAAGGGGGCUUUUUCAGUCUGAUGCAGCUCUUCUUGACAACAGUGUGACAAAAGCUUACAUUAAUCUUCAGGUGGCCACUCAGGGAUCCACUUUCUUGAAAGACUUUGGUGAUUCCAUGGUGAAAAUGGGAAGGGUCGAUGUUCUUACUGGUACAGCAGGUGAAAUCAGGAAAGUGUGCGGCAAGGUUAACUAGGCAAUAAGGAGAAGAUAAUUUUUCCUAUUUUCAUGAGAAGAAAAAGAUUUUUUUUUUUUUUUGAAUAUUUGAUUAUCUAGCAGAAGAUUCAUUUUGAGCAGUAAUAAGUUUCUAUAUGAGGGAAACAGUAUUGGUUGUGUAAAAAAAUUUCAUGUAUUUAUUUGAUUUUUCCCUGUCAAUGAUAAUGAAAUAAAUAUAUAUAUUUCCAUUUUU